UUAACGUGCCCACUGACUGGUGUGUGUUGUGUUUUGUUCUUUCACAGGUGACAAUGUGUGUGAGUUGAUCAAAUCAAAUGUGUCACAUACACAUAUUUAGAAGAUGUUUUUGCGGGUGUAGCGAAAUGCUUGUGUUCCUGAUGUUGAUCAAAUCCUGACCUUGAAUGAAUAAAACGUCAGCAUUAUAUUAUAAAUAUAUAAUUAUAAAUUAUAAUUGUUGGCUAAACCAAUUAAACCUAGUUAUCACGAUAGUAAUGCAUUUUAACGUUACCUGUUUUUUGUUGUUGUUGUUUUGGAUUUAAUACACGUUUUUGUUGUAGAAGUUUAUUUUUGCUUAGUUCAUCAGUCAAUGAAACCAAACCACGAUGGGUGAUGUCACAGGAAAACCUCUGUCAGAUUCUAAUUCAUUUAGCUGGCCUCUGACUUUCUGGAGUGUGUGUCUCAUCUUUUUGAAUGUACAACGCUGCUAAAUGAGAUCAGGCCAGCAAGUUUUAAGUGAUGGGGUGAAUUUCUGUGCAGUCAGAUUCAAUUACAGUCUGGUUGACUGGCUGCAGGAUUCCAAGGAGAGGUAUUUUGGAAAUCUGCCCUCAAACCACUAUGGAAAUUGAUAUUGCAACUGUAAACAACAAAAAAAUGGUGUUCUGCUGGGUUUACCUGACUCAUGUUUAUUAUGCUUUUUAGAAGCAGACUUCACAAUCAUAACCUAUGUGUGACUAUUUCAGAAAACUAUAUUCAUGAUACCAACAGUUCCAUGGGCAACAAUACGAAGACACAGAUGUAGAAACCGUUCUAAAAGGACAUGCAUCUACGAUGUAUCCUCUCUACAACAGGCAAUAUGAGGGAUUUACAGGGGAUGACAAUGAGAUGAGGGACAACAUUCAUAGAAGAAUAUGUCACAGUUCUUUCAGCUACUCAUCUUUUGAUGAUGAAGAGGAGUUGGAGGGUGAAGAACAGGUGAAGGCACCUGCGGAGGAGGAGUGUUCCCACAAGAGUGAAGAUGUGUCACGUGUUUCUCCACUACCCAGAACCACCCAGGUGGUAUUUGAGAUCCAGUCGGGAAGGGCUGUGCCUCGCCUCAGGGAGCCCCGACACCUGUACGGUGUGUCUGGACAUGUGUCCCAAACACUGCCGCGCUGGCCCCACGAGUGGGAGGUCAUCCCGGGGGAAAUUCAGCAUAUUGAGUGGGCUCCUCCCUUCCCAGAGCCGCUGUGUGCUCAGAUGAACACCAGCGAGUGGCUGAGACCAGAGUCUGAAGAGGAAGGCACCGUUGUGUAUGACACACAGAGAAAUAAAGAUAACUACUUCCUGGGUUCUCGUGUGGGGGGCCGUCGCUCCUCCCUGACCGCUGCUGCUGUGUCUCUCUCUGGCCCUGAUGACGUCACUCUGCUGUUCGAGGGACGCUUCGAGAGUGGCAACCUGCUGAAAGCCACCAGGGUUGGUGAAUUUGAUUAUGAGCUCUCCCUGCGGACGGACCUGUACACAGAGAAGCACACUCAGUGGUUCUACUUCCGGGUGAGGAACACGAGGGCGGGGGUUCGUUACCGCUUCACCAUCACCAACCUGCUGAAGGUGACCAGUCUGUAUGAAGAGGGGCAGCUGCCUCUGCUCUACUCUGAGGAGGAGGCCCGGAUCCAGGGGGUGGGCUGGCACCGCGUGGGCCAACAGGUCUCCUACCAACGUAACGGGCGGCACCACGCCGACCAGCCCUGCUACUCCCUCUCCUGGACUUUUUGCUUCCCUUAUGACCAGGACACCUGUUACCUGGCCCACUGCUUCCCUUACACCUACUCCAACCUGUGGGCCCACCUGUCCGAGAUCGAGCGGGACCCCCACCGCUCGCGGUUCUGUAAGGUGCGGACUCUGUGCCGGUCGCUGGCGGGUAACCUGGUUCCGGUGCUGACGGUGACCAACCCAUCCCACCGUGAGGACAGGAUUCACAAGCCUGCUGUGGUGCUGACCGCCCGGAUACACCCCGGGGAGACCAACAGCUCCUGGGUGAUGAGGGGUAUCCUGAACUUCCUGCUGGGAGACUCUCCGGAUGCGGCGCUACUCCGAGAUGCCUUCGUCUUCAAGCUGGUGCCCAUGCUGAACCCGGACGGGGUUAUAGUAGGAAACUACCGCUGCUCGCUGACCGGACGUGACCUCAACCGCAACUACAAGUCCAUCCUCAGAGACUCCUUCCCUACCGUGUGGGCCACACACACCAUGGUCCAGAGACUGUGUGAGGAGCGUAAGGUGCUGCUGUACUGUGAUCUCCAUGGACACAGCCGUAAACACAACGUCUUCACCUACGGCUGUGAGAACCCCCGGCCCACUGACAGACACCCUCACGAACGAGUCUUCCCUCUGAUGCUCAGCAAGAAUUGCCCUGACAUGUUCUCGUUCGGGAGCUGUAAGUUCAAGGUACAGCGCAGUAAGGAGGGAACAGGCAGAGUGUCUCUGUGGAGGCUGGGGGUCCUCAACUCCUUCACCCUGGAGACAUCGUUCUGUGGCUCCAACAUCGGUAAGAGGAAGGGGACCCAUUUCAGCACUCAGGACCUAGAGAUGUUGGGGGCUCAGUUCUGUGACACACUACUGGACUACUGUGACCCGGACCGGACAAAGUACAGCGCGUGUUUGAGAGAGCUACAGGAGAUCAUGAGACAGGAGGCAGGUUUGCCAAUAGACAACAAGCCUACAGAUACCUCACUGACCGACCACGAGGCCAGCACCAGUGGAUCCAACAGCUCCCAGACGGAUGGGCCUCCUACUCACCUCCAGGCCUUCAACAAGAUGACGUCCCGUAAGAAGUUGAAGUCCAAGAAGGAGAGGAACAGAUCUCCGCUGGUCAGAGCCAGGGAGAGAGAGGAAAAUGGGGAUAAUGGUGUCAAAAAGACGUUGAAGAAAAGCAAAUAUGUAUUGAAGCCUUCGGAGUACCUGCAGCACCUGAUGGCUGAUUAUGUGAGGAGCAGGAUGCAGUUGACCCUCAAUGGCUACGACUGGGGUCCUUGCCAGUGCCCCCAGGCCACCCACCUGCCCCACUCACAGCUUCCCCGGGACAACAGAGACGGGGAGCGACUGCCCGGCCUGACUAAUCUGCCUGUAGGAGACAAGUCCAUCAGAAGGCUCUCCCCAGUCCAGUGGAGAGGACCCACAUCCUACACCGCCCCAUCCAACCUGCAACUCCCAUCCAACAGUCAGGCGAAGUGCAGCAUAGCUCAGGGACACCAGUGUAAGUGCCAGCUGUGGUACGGUCUAGGACUGACGGAGGACAGGACUGGGAGGACAACUACAGGACUCAGGAAGACCAAGGAUAUCAGUGGCAGCCACUAGAGAAUACAUAGCCUUUUAUACUCCACAGACAGACCUCACACAGUAACCCUAGCUCUACCUGUCCAAGAUCACUCAUUAAACGUGCUGUCAUUUGUGUGUUGUUUGUUUACUUGUUUACAAGCUUUAUCUGUUGAUGUCUUAUUUAAUUUCACCCAGUUUAGUAUCUCAAUAGAUUAUCUCAAAUAGACAGUCAAAUAUCCACCAACAGAAGCCUGUUUGAUAUGUUAUUCCUCUCACAUUAAGAUGCUCUUAGAGUACUCUGGUACAAUACACUCUUCAAGAGUCAGUAGUAGAAAGAGAUAAACCUACAGUUGGACAGACACCAGAUGGUCUCCAUAUUCCUAACAGAAAAACGGGCUAACACAACAGCGGCUGUUAUCCAUGCACACAUUGCCACACAAGAUAAAACAUAGAUGGCGGUUGUCCAAAGUGAGUGAAGAGGUACAGGUAGAUUACAGGAGGCUGAGGAUGAAACAAACUAACAUUUAUUAACACAUUUCAUUAACAGUAUAUUCACUACCAUGUUUUGACAUAUAGGAUUGGGGUCAAUUCCAUUUCAAUUGAAGAAAUAAGCAUGAAAAUCUGAUUCCAAUUCUCCCUUUGUUUUUCACUUAAUUUUACUUCCUGAAUAUUUCCUAAAUUAAAAUGUAAUUGAUCCCAACCCUGGUGACAUGCCAAACCCAUUUUACCUUAGGAUGGAUG